AGCUCCUACGAGGCCACGAUGAGGCAAGUGAUGUGCGCCAUCCUGGCGCUGGCGUUCGGCGCCACGGCGCUCGAGCGCGUCGCCGGCGGCGGCGACGUCGUCUACAAAGGCAUCCCCGGCACGGGCGCGGGCGACGUCAACGCCCGCGUCUUCAAGGGCGUGCCCGGCACGGGCGCGGACGCGGACGCCGACGCCUGGGCGGGCGUCGCCGAGGACGCGAGCUCGCUCCUGAAGAUGGAGGACACGCUCCGGCGCCAGCUCGAGAACAAGCGCGACUGGGUCUUCUCGUACGACUUCGCUGACGCCGAGCCGACGGCGAAGCCGACGUCGUCGCCGACGUUCACGCCCUGCGACGUCGAGGGCGAGUACCGCUACUACCUCGCGCUCUACGACUACGGCGGCGACGGCUGGGAGGGCGCGACGUACACGCUCUACAAGUACGUCGGCGUGCGCCAGGGCGAGCAGAUCCUCACGGGCACCGUCGAGACGGGCUCCGAGGAGGUCAUCAACUUCUGCCUCCCGAACGGCCUCUACGCCGUCGACUUCGGCGGCGGCUCCGACGACGGCGAGAUCGGCAUCCAGUUCCUGCCCGACGACCUCCAGAUGAUCACGACGUGCACGGGCCCCUGCGUCGAGCGCUUCCUCGCCGUCGACGGCAUCGUCAUGCCGCCGACGGAGCCGCCGACGGCGUCGAACUUCGGCCAGCCGACGGCGUUCGACGCGUCGCAGACCGCGUGGAUGUACCUGUCCUUCCUCGUCGACGGCCUCAACGGCGAGGCCCUCAUCUCCGAGGCGGGCUUCUCGGCCUUCGCCUACGCGAUCAACGACGUCAUCCCCUUCCUCACCGGGCCCGAGGCCGUCGCCGACCUCACGGCGACGUUCGGGGAGGCGCGCCGCCGCCAGCUCCUCCAGGCCGCGGGCGACGACACCGCGUCCAUCGAGGCCGUCAUCCUCAUGGACACGUGCGCGAUGGCGGGCCACAACUCGAACGACGACUGCCUCGACGCCAUGGUCGAGGACGUCGCCAUCGCCAUCGCCGACGGCGUCAUGCUCGAGCGCAUCCUCUACUGGGCGGACUACUUCGGGCUCGACCUCGGCGACGACUUCACGGUGGUCUCCAUCGUCUCGGACCCGGAGCCGUACUGGGUCUACGCGCCGACGGCCGCGCCGUCGGCCAAGCCGACGGCCGCGCCGACGACGACGACGACGACGGCCGCGCCCACGCCCGUCACGACGACCGCCGCGCCGCCCGUCACGGACGCCCCCGACUCGGGCUCGUCGUCCAAGAAGAAGUCGUCGGACGACGGCCUCGACUCCGGCGCCAUGGCCGGCAUCAUCGUCGCCAUCGUCGUCGUGCUCCUGUUGGUCAUGGGCGGGGUUUACUUCAAGCAGCGCGAGAGGAAGGCCACUGAGAGGAAGGAUUCCUGGGACAUCUCCACCAUGUUCACCGACGAGCAGAACCUGCCCCCGGCGGAUCAGAUGGUGGCCGAGACGCCCGCCGGCGACCAGCCGCAGGCGCUCCAGAAGAUCACGCAGGCCGCCGAACUCCCCGAAUCGGACCUCCGCGGAGCGGCGGCGCCGCGGGCCGCGGGCCAGAUGCCCCUACAGUACGAUCUGACCGUCGGCGAUCUCGUCGUUGCCGCGACCGCGUGGAAGGGCGUCAUGGUCGGCGACCGCGGCGUCGUCGUCGAGCCCGGCGAGGACUUGCCGUACAAGCGCUGCCGCAUCAAGUUCGACGACGGCAAGGGCACCUACGUCUACACGAAGGGCCAGCAGGCGCGGCGCGUGCCCAUUUUAGGCGGCUACGUCUUGGGAGAUGGCGUCCUAGCGAAUGCCGCGCGCCCUGGCCAGAUCAACGUCGGCGACCGUGGCGUCGUCGUCGGCCGGGGCCGGUCCCUGCAGGACGCGUUGCUCGUGCGCUUCCCCAACGGCGUCGAUGCCGAGAUUAGCGCGGGUCGCGCCCGGCCUGCGUCGGUGGUGGUCGUCCCCGGCGCGCCCCCGAUCUUCAAGGGCGACGUCGUCCUCGCGUUAGUGGACUACGAGACCGUGACCGUCGGCGACCGGGGCGUCGUCGUCGGGCCCUGCUGCGACCCCGCGAUGUCGCGCCCGGACCUCCGGGUGCUCGUGGACUUCGAGAACAAGGCCGCGUACAACUUCCGCUCCGACGCGCACCUCCGGCUCGCGCCGCUGGUGGAGGGCACGAACUUUGUGCGCGGCGACAAGGUUAUUCUGCCGGGCCUGGACAAGAAGGUCAUCGGCGUCGUCAUCGGUGUGGGGCGCUGCGCGGGCACGCUGGCCGUCAAGGGAUAUGGCGCGCUGCCCAGAGACGUGGCCCUGGCCCGCCUCAAGCACGCGCCCCUCGUCGCCGGCGCGCCCCACUUCGCCAAGGGCACGCGCGUCGUCGCCAAGGUCGCCUACAACGAGGUCCGCGUCGGCGACCGCGGCGUCGUCGUCGGCCCCUGCAUGCAGCCGGAGAUGCAGAACGCGGCGAAGCGCGUGCUCGUCGACUUUGGGCGCAAGGGCGUCUACAACUACCAUGUGGACACGCAGCUGACGUGCGUCCACGGCGACGAGGACGCGCCCGAGGCGACAGCGUACGACGCCGACAGCGAUACCUGGACGAAGAUCGAGAACAUGCCGGGCGGCGAACGCUACGGCAUGGCGAGCGUGGUCCACGACGGCAAGCUCUUCGUCUUCGGCGGCCGAGCGAGCGGCCCCGUCUUUUGCGCCAUCGACGAUGGCAAGCCCAUGCCUCCGGCCAUGCUCCUCUACGAGCCCGGCGCGGAGCCGCUGCCUCCGGCCGACGAGCCGGCCGCGGAGCCGCCGCCGCCGCCUCCGAAGCAGCUCACCGGCGCGGCCGCGCUUUUGGAGACGCUGGACAAGUUCAAGGCUGCGAACGGCGGCGUCGACGACCGAUAUUACGCGGCCAUGCGCAGCGCGCUCGAGGAGCUCGAAAUCGAGGAGCGCGAGGAGCAGGGGUCGUAA